AGCCGAGAGGUAAAGCUUGGUCCUUCAAAGUGCUAAGGAAGGACUGGUGGUCCAGUAUCUUUUUGAUUCUCUAGUGCUACCUCUUAUAAUCUCCGUAGGAGUGUAUUGUUGGAGAAGCAUAAAAAGUAUAGACCGCUGGCUGCUGCUGGCUUGCAGAAUCCAACCGAGCGCACUUUCCACUCAGACUGUCAUCGUUCAUAUCAAAUCGAAUAUUAUCCUCGGUCUAAACCUUACUUGCGACGCAUUUCAUUUGUAGCAGGGACUUGUGCUCAGGCAUCCCUACCAAGCUACCAACGACCUCGAAUUUUGAUGACAGUCUUCCAAUCAGAUUGACCUUUCAGUUUUCAGCUGAAGUGGAGUUCACCGCUCCUUGACCGGCUGCUCUUAUCACUUGUUGCGCUUGACGUGGACCAGAACUGUUGGCCUUGAGCUCUUCCGUUCCGGUCGACAGCAAGUUGCAGCUUUCGUAGAGUUCGCCCCUCGGCUUAAGAUGGCAGGCGCCCAUCAGCAGACGGGAGGACCGUAUGAAAUAGAUACCAGUAAUAUUAAGAUCGGAGGGGGCAGCGCGGCACGAACUGAGGACAGGGACUACAUCGAACCAGAGCCACAUCUUCUGUGGACUGUCGAUGAAUUCUAUAAAUGGUCACUUUAUAGAGCUGCUAUCGCCGAGUUUAUUGCCACUCUCCUCUUCGUGUAUAUCGGCGUUUCUGCUGCCAUUGGAAAUGGCCGUUCCAGCCCCGAUGGAGUCGGAGCUCUCGGUGUUGCAUGGUCUUUCGGAGCCACCAUAUUUGUGCUUGUCUACUGCACAGCUGGUGUUUCAGGAGGACACAUUAACCCCGCAGUUACUUUAGGACUACUUCUGGGUAGAAAGCUUUCGGUUCCUCGGGCUUUUAUAUACAUGGUUGCCCAGAUGGCAGGGGGUAUCUGUGGAGCAGGAAUCGUGAAGGGAUUGCAGAAAAAUCCAUUCCAGGUCCUGGGCGGCGCGACGAAUACCGUGAGUGCAGAUUUCAGCAUCGGCACAGGUCUGGCAGCAGAAAUCAUUGGGACUUUCUUCCUUGUUUACGUGGUCUACUCUGCCACUGAUGCUAAGCGCAAGGCCAGGGACUCGCAUGUGCCGGUGCUCGCCCCAUUGCCCAUCGGGCUUGCAGUUUUCGUUGUCCAUCUGGCGACCAUUCCCAUCACUGGCUGUGGAAUCAACCCUGCACGAAGCUUCGGCCCGGCUGCUCUCUGGAACCACCAGCAAGCUUGGGAUGACCAGUGGAUCUUCUGGGUUGGUCCCUUCAUCGGAGCUACCUUGGCUGCCGCCUAUCACCAGUUCGUCAUCCGUGCUUUGCCGCUAGGAUCACACUUCCUGUUCCCGACAAUGUCCAUGUCCGGCUCCAUGAGCAUUUCAGGGAGAAAACUUGAGACCAAGCUCUCAGGGUGAGGACGAAAAUACCAAGGACACUCAAUCUGCUGACAACAAAAUGUGAAGCUGAGGCUUAGGCUCGAGUACAUACACUGAUCUGCAGCUGCACGUACCACUCUACUGUAAAUAACAACGAAGAGGUUCUUAUACAUAGCCGGGGAGAAACCAAGCGCUGAAGAUUCAGCAUCAUCAAGGGUAAAACCUGAAGUCAUCUAUUUUCAGAGGACUAGGAUUACCAUCCGCAAUUCUCAAUCCGGAGGAAAAGAAGUUCUUCUCUGGGCAAGCAGUUGUCUCGCCCAGGAUAGAACAUUGUGUUCUCUCGCCGCUGAUUGCCUCGAAAAGGUCUUGACUGUUUUUGUUUCUGGUCGCAAGUGGGCUUCUAUACGACACUCGAAACGGAAACUUGAUGCACAGGGCAAGAUCACAUACUGAUCACGCAGACAAUCCUACUGCCGUAUAUAUCUUUCACUAGAAAAAGAAUAAGCGAAAUUCAGUAUACGUGGCAUGAACUUGCGUUAAGAAGCAGUUGUAGCUAUCUUCGAUCCCAUUGCCUCACGUUAUGCAGUGGGUAAGAUCCAGUAGAAUACCUUUCUGAUGCUUGCAUAGCAAAAACACAAGGAUUUUAUUUAUAUUUCAUGUCCAUCCCAGAAUGUAGUGAUACCAAAAUGUCAAGGUAGUUAAGUUUGUAACUGCGAAGAACCUAAUACAUUCAAAACAGUAGUCUACGUUUGUUGGACUCCUCAAAAUUCUCAUUUGUUGCCAUUUUCCGUU